AUGGCAAACAUGGAGGUGAUUUCGGAGCAAACCUAUGGACAAACAUCACACGAAAACGCAAACACAACUACCAUGCAAGAUGAAGAAGACACCAAUGGUGACGCGGGUGUGGGUGAAGAGUGCGAGAAUGAAGAGCACGAAGUAGGGGAAUACGAAUGUAUACCUGAUUGUGCUGAAAGUAUUAAACCCUACCUGGGGCAACGUUUUCAGACAUUAGACGAGGGUGUUCGUUACUACAAAGAAUAUGCUGCAUUUGUAGGAUUUGAUGUACGGGGCAGCACAAUGAAGAAGAACCGAUAUGGAGAUGUAGAAGUGAAGUAUUUGCUUUGUUCAAGAGAGGGGUAUACAGUGACCAAGGCACAAAGGUCAUCAACCGCAGGGGAGGGUAACAGAGCAAAUAUAAACACACGCCGACGUGUGUCAAAUAGGGUUGGGUGUAUGGCUCGGUGUCCCCUGAAACGACAAAAAGAUGGAUUGUACGCAAUUAUUGUGUUUACUAAAAGUCAUAAACACCGUUUAUGUGCCCGAGAGGCAAGACCAUUCCUCAAGAUAAACCGCAACUUGGAAAUCGGGCAUCAAGCAUUCAUAGCAGCAUGUGAAAAGGCUAACAUAGGGACUUCAAAAGCAUUUGAUCUAUACAGUGUACUAGGCGGUGGUUUAGAUAGCAUUGGUGCUACAUGUGUUGACUUUAUGAAUUGCAGAAGAGAUGUUCAAGCGCAGCUACACGAGGUCGAUGCACAAUCAAUAAUAGAGAAAUACACACAGAAAAAAGCGUUGUUUGCUACAUACACGUUUGAUUACGACGUUGAUGACGAGCAGCAACUGUGUAGAGUAUUUUGGUGUGACCCUAUAGCCAAGUACAUGACGGUGUUUGUACCUUUUACAGGGAUUGACAACCAUAAAAAGUGUGUCACAUUUGGAGCUGGGCUCAUCUCGAGAGAAGAUAGACCAUCGUAUGCCUGGUUACUAGCCACAGGCAGAACACCUGGUAAAGAGACCCAAUCAACGCAUUUAGGCGUUGCAUGGGGCAAACACCAACAUGUAUAA